AUGACCAGAAUAACAAUACCUAGCACGGUGUUCUUUUCACCACGAGGCAUUGCAUCUCCCACGUCAUUAUCGUCGGAGGACACCCAUACCACGACUCUAUUUGUCACGAAUCUACACUGUGCCUCAUGUGUAUCUUAUGCCCAGGACACGAUCAGACCUCUACAUGGCAUCUUUAAUGUCGAUGUCAGCCUCCUUAGCCACACGAUAUGCAUUCAGCAUGAACCGGAUUUGACAAGCACAAUUGUUGACGUCCUCCUUGACGCUGCUUUUGAAGUCCGGCAUGUCACCACAAGUGAUGCAUCUGACCGUGUCAUUGGCGCCGUUGAUGUGCCUAGCAGGCUCGAUCAGCUCAAGCAUCAACAACACUUUUCUCUCUUCAUGAGCAAGGCACGGAGGAAACACGUCGCAAAUUGCAGAGCUUGUCAAGAAUCUGCCCCACGAGAAGGUAACCUGUCUCGUGUACGACCGGGCCGCCCCCACAAGCGAGAAUCACUGCGCGCUGGUGGUAACUCCCAGGACUUGGAAUCUGGCACCACUGAAAUCCAGUAUGUCGAGAAGGUUCAAAGUGCGAACUCCUCACCACCAAUCACGGCCGCUCAGAAACAUGUUGCCACCAUAUCAAUCGUCGGCAUGACCUGUGCGUCCUGUGUGAAUGCUGUUACCGAUGGGCUGAAGUCUCUUGAUUUUCUAGAGGAUGUCCAAGUCUCUUUGCUAUCAAACAACGCCAAGAUCACCUUUCAAGGCACAACAGUGGAGGCGCAGAGAGUUGUUGAUUCAAUUGAGGAUGUUGGUUUUGAAGCCUCAAUCGACCGGCUAGAAUCUCCUCCUGGGCCAGAGCAAACCAGUGGUCCGUACAAAGCGAUCAUCAGCAUUGAAGGCAUGACCUGCGGAGCUUGUGCAACCGUUGUGAGGAGUGGGCUGGAAGAGCUUGAAGGUCUGACUUCGAUUAAUGUGGAUCUUCUCGGUAAUGCUGUCACUACUACCUUGGCUGAGAAGUCUACAAUCGACAAAGUGCUAGAAACUAUCGAAGACCUUGGAUUUGAAGGCUCGUUAGUCGAGUUGAGAGAGAUCUUCUGUACGACAGAACAGCAAUUUCGUUCGGUCGGAUGGGAAAUCACAGGCAUGUACUGUUCACAGUGUCCUUCGAAUAUCGUCACGAAGCUCCAGCAAGCCUUUGACGGAAAGAUUGAGAUAAUAGUGUUGCCAGAUCUGAAACAUCCACGACUCGUCAUCCGAUACGAGCCUGCACCGCCCGAGUUGACUGUACGACGUAUCAAAUACGUUAUCGAGUCUGCUGAUCCAAUUAUCGUCGCUUCCGUUUGGCAGCCACCCAGCAUGGAGGAGAGAUCGCAAGAGGUACAUCGAAAAGAAAGCAAUCGAAUCCUUCGCCACUUGGUGUUCACCUUAGUAGCAGCAAUACCGAGUUUCAUCAUUGGCGUCGUGUUCAUGAGCUUCGUUUCGGAAGACAAUCCAAUCAGGACGUGUUUCGAGCAACCUUUAUGGCUGGGAAAUGCUACGAGGAUGGAUUGGACAAUGUUUCUCAUAACCACGCCAGUCAUGUUCUAUGGUGCCAGCAUCUUCCACACUCGAGCACUCAAAGAGAUCUGGGCUUUGUGGCGACCUAAGAGCACAUCUGUGGCGUACUUCUCUUCCUUAGCUAUCUUAUUUAUGGAGGCAAGUCGUUCGAAGAAUACAGGGAACAGCCACGAAGGCACGGAGACUCGACAUUCGAUGACAUACUUCGACACGGUUACCUUUUUGACGCUGUUUGUCCUUUGCGGCAAGUUCUUGCAGGCAUACAGCAAGUCUAAGACAGGUGACGCGGUGGCCAUGCUUGGUAAGCUCAGACCUACAACGGCUCUACUGGUUGACAGACAAGACUUUGGAAAAGAUGACAAGUCAGGUGUACGGAGUAUACCGAUCGACUUGCUUGAGGUCGGCGAUGUCGUCAAUAUUCCACAUGGCAGCUCACCCCCUACUGAUGGUGUGAUCGACCAAGAUGGUACUUUCCUAUUCGACGAGAGCUCGCUCACUGGCGAAUCGAAGCCAGCUAAGAAAAUCAGGGGCGACAGAAUCUUGACUGGCUCUGUGAAUGUCUCGGACCCUGUCAGGAUUGUGGUCAAGGAGCUGGGUGGCAAAUCUAUGCUCGACCAAAUCAUCAACGUUGUUCGUCUUGGGCAGGGCAAACGAGCACCAAUUGAGCGCUUUGCGGACGUUAUGACAAGUUACUUCACCCCUGCUAUCACUCUUGUUGCCGUCUUGACAUGGUUGGCAUGGCUUGGACUAGGCCAAUCAGGAGUCUUGCCUCACCACUGGUUGGAUGUUGACCAAGGCGGGUGGCCUUUCUGGUCUGUCGAAUUUGCGAUCGCCGUAUUCGUGGUUGCUUGUCCUUGCGGUCUCGGUCUUGCUGCACCUACAGCACUCUUUGUUGGUGGAGGUCUUGCAGCCAAAGCUGGUAUUCUUGUUCAAGGUGGUGGAGAAGCAUUUCAAGAAGCAUCUCAGCUCAAUGCGAUCGUGUUCGACAAGACCGGAACCUUGACAGAAGGCAAGAUGAGAGUGACGGAGAUGCAAUCAGUUCACAGAUCGGAUGAGAAGCAUGCUACUGACCUCGCCCUGCAGCUGGCUAGUAUAAUGGAAGAAUCCAGCACACACCCUAUUGCCAAAGCAAUCAGUCUGUUUUGCCAAGAAAACCGACCAAUUCACGACGACUUCAGCAUAUCAGUAGUUGAGGUCAAGGAAUUACCUGGUCAAGGCAUGAGAGGCACAUUCAAUGUCCGGACGCCAGAAUCUGACACGAUAAGAUACGAGGCUGCGAUUGGCAACGAACGUCAAUUGGCCGGACUCUCAACCGUUACAACCAGCUCAGGAAAUCAUGCUGGGAGGCAAUCCGAAUCACUGGCAUCGAACGAGUUCCUCGCAUCGACUCUGUUCCGGUUACAGGCUUCAGGCUGCACAACAGCCAUUCUUUCGAUCCGACGAUUACCGCCAGCCUCUAUCAGUCCCGAAAAGCAGCUUCCAUUGUCACCCUUCACACCACACAUGAUCUUUGCAAUCACAGACCCUAUUCGCAGCGAAGCACCAUCUGUGCUCGCCGCUCUGCGUUCUCAAAACAUCGAGGUCUACAUGUGCACAGGGGACAACCGUGCCACAGCCCACGCAAUCGCAUCACAGCUCGACAUUCCCGUCUCAAACAUCCGCGCCGGUGCCCUACCACAAGACAAAGCAGCCUACGUCCAAGAACUACAGCAAAACACCUCCAACAAACGCAGAAUAGUAGCCUUCUGCGGCGACGGCACGAACGACACCCCAGCCCUCCAAGCAGCAGACGUCAGCAUCGCUCUAUCCUCCGGCUCAGACAUCGCACUGACGUCCGCAUCGUUCAUCCUACUCAACUCCAACCUUGAAUCGAUCUCACACCUCCUCUCCGUAUCAAAACGAGUCUUUCAACGUGUCAAGAUCAACUUCGCAUGGGCCGCCAUCUACAACGUUGCGCUGAUCCCGGUCGCGGCGGGGGUGUUCUUUCCUAUCAGUCAGUGGAGGUUGAGUCCGGUGUGGGCUGCGGCGGCCAUGGCGGGGAGUAGUGUUAGUGUGGUGUUGAGCAGUCUUGCUUUGAGAUUGCCGGAAGUCAGGUUUCGUGGAUGGAAGAGGGAGUCACGCAUGGUCAGAUAG